CUUUCCAUGAUGUGAAUGCGCGUGCGUGGCGCGGGCCAUGCGGAAGAUGACUCGUCAGUGUUGUUGUGGAUCGCUGACAGGCACGUGAGCUGUGCUACGUCUACUUAGCAGUCGACAUGGCGGCUACAACUCCUCCCAAGGUUGUGUUUGAACAUGAGGGAGUUUUUAUACACACAUCUCCAGAUGAAUCUGAAGAUCAGGAUUUAAUAUCAGGAUUCCUCAGGAUCAUUGAAAAAGAUGGUGAAACUCUUGUGGAAUACAAGCCGUUGGAAGACGCAGAUCCCUCAAACAUACUGUGUGCCUGCAAGGACUCCAGCUCGGUGGUUGAAUGGACUCAGAGUUCAGAAAACAAUCCUCACAGACCCGUUGACCAUCAGCUGAGCUAUGAAACAGAAUGGGAUAUGAUCAAUGCUGUCUCAUUCAGGAGGAAAACCCAUAGCCACGGAGAAGGUGGAUCAAACCACGUAAAUGACCGCAACAGAUGGGCCUUCUCUUUUAAUGUGUGUGACCUCAGGUCUAUCACAGUUAAAUGUGAGGGCUGGUCUUACCUCAUUUUCCGCUUGAAGGAUGGCACUUCACUACCAAUCAUUCAUUUUCACCAGGGAGGGAGCACAGCGUUCCUGGAUAGCCUAAGGAAAUCCGUUCAGAUCAGCGACCCAGAUGAUAAAGGCGUCCUUUUUGUCAGCACCUACAACAAAGCUUUUUCACAGUCCUUUGAGAACCUUCUGGAUGAUGUAAACUAUGGAUUUGUACAGAAAUUCAAGAAGGAUCCCUACACAACAACACUCGGUGGCUUUUCCAAGGUCACUAACUUUCUAUUUGACCAGUUUCGGGUGCCUGAUUCCGAGUGUCACCAGCGGCCUGAAGAGGAGGUUGCUGACCUGUUGGGAGAGCUCAUUCCUGGACUAGAGAUUAACCAACAGGAAGAGCCAGGCUUUGAAGUCAUUACCAGACUUGAUCUGGGGCCGAGGCCAGAAGUGCAGAGGAACGGUCCGGUUACAAUGGAACAAUGGACAAAGUUCCAGGAUUCAGAAGGAAGAUUGAUCAACAUUCCUCACAUAAAGCAUCUCAUAUUUAAAGGGGGCCUUUGCCAUGCUGUAAGAAAAGAGGCUUGGAAGUUUUUACUUGGAUAUUUGCCAUGGAACACCACCCACGAAGAAAGAAAAAUACUUCAGAUGAGAAAAACAGACGAAUACUUCAGAAUGAAGCUUCAGUGGAAAUCCAUAAGCGAGGAGCAGGAACGCAGAAACUCCAGAUUACGAGAUUACAGAAGCCUUAUUGAAAAAGACGUCAACCGAACCGACCGCACUAACAAGUUUUAUGAAGGCCUGGACAACCCUGGCUUAAUAUUACUACAUGACAUCCUGAUGACCUACAGCAUGUACGACUUUGAUUUAGGUUAUGUGCAGGGCAUGAGUGACCUACUAUCUCCCAUUCUCUUUGUGAUGGAGAAUGAAGUUGAUGCCUUCUGGUGCUUUGUUUCACUCAUGGAUGAGAUGCACGAAAACUUUGAGGAACAGAUGCAGGGAAUGAAGACCCAGCUGAUUCAGCUCAGCUCUUUGCUACGUCUUCAAGACCUUGCCUUCUGGAACUAUCUUGAGGCACAGGAUUCUGGAUACUUAUAUUUCUGUUUUCGAUGGUUAUUGAUCCGAUUUAAGAGAGAGUUUAAUUUUCCUGACAUCCUUCGCCUUUGGGAGGUCAUGUGGACCGGACUGCCUUGCCAAAACUUUCACCUUCUGGUGUGCUGUGCCAUUUUAGACUCGGAGAAACAAAAAAUAAUGGACAGAAAAUAUGGAUUCAAUGAAAUCCUAAAGCACAUAAAUGAACUCUCCAUGAAAUUGGACAUUGAGGAAAUCCUUACCAAGUCCGAGUCUAUCUGUUUGCAGAUAAAGAAUUGUAAGGACUUACCAAAUUCAGUAAGUGAGAUACUGGGUCUGCCCACUGCCUUGAAAUCCUCAACAGCAGCAUUAGAAACCAGUGAGUAUGGAAUACUCGAGUCACCACAGACCUCACCAAGAUCCACGCACAGACAAGACCAGGUCGUGUCCAAUGGCCACAGUCACCUAAAAGAAACGACACAAAAUGGCUGCAAAGUAGCCUUUAUUUCCUAGUGUACAGCACUAUGUUAUGUACAGUACAGAUUUUAUAACCCCUGUAAUCCAGGAAGAUGAACAGUAUUGGGUAUUGGGUAGUAUAUAUUUGCUACCAAAUGCCACAUUGUAAAAUACCCCAGAGAAAAUAUAUGAUGUAAAACUAGGAUCCAAAAGGAUCCUAAAGCAUUAUUUUUGUAACUUUCUUGUACCAUAUUGUCUUUCGUUGAAAUAUUCAUUCCUUCUCAUUGUAUAGAGAAAGAGAUUUCAUAAUGAGGUGGGGUUUCCAUUGUUGAUAUUAAAAUAUUUUUUUCUCAUAAGUUGAUCUUUUCCUAAAUAAUAAGGAUUUAGAUUAAAAAUCGGUUUUCUCCCAUUAGCUUGUGUGUUAUAUUUCAGAAUGCAGUUUAUUUGAGGUUAAAAGGUUUAUUUAGCACAAAAAAAAAUAAUUUGUGGUGGAACUGAAUUGAUUUUCUAAAAUGAAAUUUCAACCAAAAUGUAUUAUG